AAUGAGGAGGUCCCUAAAAAAAGCCACCACUGUCUUCCACACGUGUGCUGAAACUCUGUCCUUCACUUCACCAUCCGGCAGCAUGGGGAGAGGGUAUGGAAGACAGUACAGCCCUGAGGCAGCUCAGAACAAUGGGAAGAAGAAGAAGAAGAAUAAAGACCUGGAUGAGCUGAAGAAAGAGGUGUCUCUGGAUGAUCAUAAGCUGGCUCUGGAAGAGCUGUCAGUUCGCUAUGGAGUGGACCUGUAUCAAGGUUUGACCAUUCAGAGAGCAGCUGAGAUCCUGGCUCGGGAUGGCCCGAAUGCUCUGACUCCGCCCCCCACCACUCCAGAAUGGGUGAAGUUCUGUAAGCAGCUGUUUGGAGGUUUCUCCAUCCUGCUGUGGAUUGGAGCCAUCCUCUGCUUCUUUGCUUACAGCCUCCAGGCUGCAACCGAGGACGAACCGGCCAAUGACAAUUUGUAUCUGGGAGUGGUUCUGGCCGCUGUGGUGAUCAUCACCGGCUGCUUCUCCUAUUACCAAGAGGCCAAGAGCUCUCGAAUCAUGGACUCCUUCAAGAACAUGGUUCCUCAGCAAGCCCUGGUGAUCCGUGAGGGUGAGAAGAGGCAGAUUAAUGCGGAGGGAGUGGUUGUGGGAGAUCUGGUGGAGAUAAAGGGAGGAGACCGCACCCCAGCUGACCUGCGUAUCAUCUCCUCCAGUGGCUGCAAGGUGGACAACUCCUCACUGACCGGAGAAUCCGAACCCCAGACCCGCUCUCCAGACUUCACCCACGAAAACCCUCUGGAGACCAGGAACAUCUGCUUCUUCUCCACCAACUGUGUGGAGGGUACAGCCCGUGGUAUCGUGAUUGCGACAGGUGAUCAUACAGUAAUGGGGCGUAUAGCGACUCUGGCCUCGGGGCUGGAAGUCGGUCAGACGCCCAUUAACAUCGAGAUCGAGCACUUCAUCCACAUCAUCACGGGCGUGGCCGUCUUCCUGGGCGUGUCCUUCUUCAUCCUCUCUAUCAUCCUCGGAUACACCUGGCUCGAGGCCGUCGUCUUCCUCAUCGGCAUCAUCGUCGCCAACGUGCCAGAAGGACUGCUGGCUACGGUCACGGUGUGUCUGACGCUGACGGCGAAGCGCAUGGCUCGUAAGAACUGUCUGGUGAAGAAUCUGGAGGCGGUAGAGACUCUGGGCUCCACGUCCACAAUCUGCUCUGAUAAAACCGGCACUCUCACACAGAACCGCAUGACCGUGGCCCACAUGUGGUUCGACAACCAGAUCCACGAGGCCGACACCACUGAGGACCAAUCAGGCUACGGGAGCUUUGAUAAGAACUCUCCCACCUGGACCGCUCUGUCACGGGUGGCAGGCCUCUGCAACCGCGCUGUCUUCAAACCCGGACAGGAGGAAAUCCCUAUUCUCAAGAGGGACACAGCAGGCGAUGCGUCAGAGUCUGCUCUGCUGAAGUGUAUUGAGCUGUCCUGUGGGUCUGUGCGUGCACUCCGAGACAACAACCCCAAAGUGUGUGAGAUCCCAUUCAACUCCACCAACAAGUACCAGCUGUCCAUCCACGAAAUGGAAGACAGUCCCACAGGUCAUCUGCUGGUCAUGAAAGGAGCUCCAGAGAGGAUUUUGGACAGGUGCAGUACGAUAAUGAUCAAUGGAGAGGAGCUUCCUCUGAACGACGAGUGGAAAGAUGCCUUCCAGGGAGCCUACAUCGACCUGGGGGGUCUGGGCGAGAGAGUGUUGGGAUUCUGCCACCUGUCCAUGUCCGCCUCCCAUUUCCCACGAGGCUUUGCGUUUGACCCUGAAGAGGUCAAUUUCCCCACGAGCCAGAUGUGCUUCCUGGGUCUCAUGUCCAUGAUCGACCCUCCCAGAGCCGCCGUCCCCGACGCUGUGGGCAAGUGCCGCUCUGCUGGGAUCAAGGUGAUCAUGGUGACUGGAGACCAUCCAAUCACAGCUAAGGCUAUUGCUAAGGGCGUCGGCAUCAUCUCUGAGGGCAACGAGACGGUGGAGGACAUCGCAGAGAGGCUCAACAUCCCUCUCAGCCAAGUGAACCCAAGAGACGCUAAGGCGUGUGUGGUCCACGGUACUGAUCUGAAGGAGAUGAGCUCUGAGUAUCUGGAUGAUCUCUUAAAGAAUCACACUGAGAUCGUCUUUGCCCGAACCUCACCACAGCAGAAGCUCAUCAUCGUGGAGGGCUGCCAGAGACAGGGUGCUAUAGUAGCGGUGACGGGUGACGGCGUGAACGAUUCCCCCGCUCUGAAGAGGGCGGAUAUCGGUGUUGCCAUGGGAAUAUCCGGAUCUGACGUCUCCAAACAGGCAGCAGACAUGAUCCUGCUGGAUGACAACUUUGCCUCUAUAGUAACAGGAGUUGAGGAGGGUCGGCUGAUUUUUGAUAACCUGAAGAAGUCGAUAGCUUACACUCUCACCAGCAACAUCCCCGAGAUCUCCCCCUUCCUGCUCUUCAUCAUCGCCAGCGUCCCUCUACCUCUCGGCACGGUCACCAUCCUGUGCAUUGACCUGGGAACUGAUAUGGUUCCUGCAAUCUCUCUGGCUUAUGAGUCUGCAGAGAGUGACAUUAUGAAGCGUCAACCCCGAAACCCCAAAACUGAUAAACUGGUCAAUGAGAGGCUCAUCAGUAUGGCAUAUGGGCAGAUUGGUAUGAUCCAGGCCCUGGCCGGGUUCUUCACCUACUUUGUGAUUCUGGCUGAGAACGGUUUCCUGCCGUACACACUGCUGGGACUGCGCCUGCAGUGGGACGACCGCUCAAACAACGAUCUGGAGGACAGCUACGGACAGCAAUGGACGUAUGAGCAGAGGAAGAUCGUGGAGUUCACCUGCCACACCUCCUUCUUCGCCAGCAUAGUGGUGGUGCAGUGGGCUGACCUCAUCAUCUGCAAAACACGCAGAAACUCCCUCUUCCAGCAGGGCAUGAGGAACAAGAUCCUGAUCUUCGGUCUGUUUGCUGAGACGGCUCUCGCUGCCUUCCUGUCCUACUGCCCCGGCAUGGAUAUCGCCCUGCGCAUGUACCCACUCAAGGUGUACUGGUGGUUCUGUGCUCUGCCGUACAGCAUCCUCAUCUUCAUCUAUGAUGAAGUCCGUAAGUUCAUUCUGAGGAGAAGACCAGGAGGUUGGGUGGAACAGGAGACGUACUAUUGAUCUGCAUUAAAUCUACACUAGUACUGAAUGUGUGUGUGGUUCUAUGUGUGUGUUUGUGUGUGUAGAAUUGUAUAAAUUACAUUUUAAAUUGCAUUUAGAAAGAUAAUCAUCCUCAGUGCCCAACAUAUGAUGAAUGCUAGAUAUUAACGGUGCUUUAGAAUGUGUGUGUAAGCCUGUAUUUGUGCACAUUAUGCAGUGUGUGAUAGCAGCAUAUCUAGUGUGGUAAAGCAGUGUUUACUUCCUGUCUGAGGUGUAUAAUUUAUGCACAUUUUAAACAAUGAAUGUCAUCACACCUCACUAUUGUAAACCUAGUAAUGCAAAACCUAAUCAUGCGUAAAAUGGACUCUGCAGGAACAAAAAAAAACAGAGCAGUGUGAUGGAUAUUUUAUUUAUUUAUUUAUUUAUUAAGGAAAGACAUUCAACAACCUUUUCCCCCUUGUGGUAAAGUAAUUACCCCCUUUCCUUAUAAUAACUGGUUGCACCCCCUUAGCAACAAUAACUGCAACCUAACCCACUCGUCCUUGUAGAUUGUAGUUUUGGUUCAGUGAUGUUUGUAGCCUUUUGGGCAUAAACUGCAUUUUUAAAAAGACAUUUUUUGAGUUUUAGUUCCACCUCAUGGAGAUUUAAAGUGUUCUUUAUUGGAAAUCGAUGUUUAAAUGGGAACAUUUCAAAAAUCUGAGCACAUAGAUGCAAACCAUUAAACUUAAAACACUAAUCUCUGGGCUGGACACAAAACAAGCCAAUUCCAAAAGCCCAAAACUGUUACAUCACAGUCUCGAUUAUAUAUUAUACUCCCCCAAAAUCUGACCUUAUGAUUGAAUAUUUGUCUGUGCCGGCAUCCUCAGGAGGGUAACACAACCUCAGGGAGUAAGAUAGCUAAAGAUGUGAGCAGGGGGAAGUGAGCAAGGCUAACAGCUAAAGGCUAACAUUAGCCGAUCACAUUUUAGCAUCAGGUGGAUAAGCUGUUGUGUUUCUCUGGUGAAAUAAUAAUAUUCAGUGUUUAAAAUGUGCACAAAUUUAGGAAUUUAGAUGAAUUGGAUUAAUGACUCAGGGCACUGUUUACUAUACAUUCAUAUUUAUUCAUAGUCCAUAUUUUUCGCACUAUAAGGCGCCCUUAAAAUCCUUUAUUUUCCAAAAAUCGUCAGUGUGCCUUAUUAUCCGGUGCGCAUUAUGUAUACAUUUUUAUCAGUCAGGUAUAAAGAAGCAGUAAAGCCACUCCGAGUUCUCCAGCUGGAGCAGUAUUAGCAUUAGCCGCUAAUCGCACUAAGUGCUAGCUCUUUCACCGUUUAGAGGUGAGUAUUAUCAGCCUGUAGCCUGCUGCUAACCCCGGCUAGCACUGCUGGAGCAGCAUUAGCAUUGCCUGCUAACAAUACUAAGCACUAGCUUAGUAGAAAACUGGAAAUCUAAGCUUACUGUAAAUAAACAGAAGCGCUUUACUCACCCAAAUAAACAUUUUUUAAGAGAGAAAUCUGUGCAGAUUAACAUCCAGCACAUAUUUAACUUUAAAAGAGGUUUACUUAACUUAGUUUAGCUUAACAUGUCUUGUCACUCAGUGAAUUAGAAGGAAACCAUGGCGACACCACUGUUCCUCACUAGUUUUGCACCUUAUAGUGCGAAAAAUACGGUACCAUACUCAAAAACUCAGAUACAAUUUUUGGGUCAGUUUCCUGGAAAGGAAUAGGAAUAAAGCCAUUUCUAUGAAUAAUAUUCAUGUAAAAUGCUGUGUAGUUCUAGACUACUUCCAAUCCCUGUCUGGGAAACUGCCUCUUUGGGUAUGGGACAGAAUUUUUGAUGUAUCAGGUUUUUAAAUCCAGUGAUACCAAAGCAUUGCUUCAGCUAUUUUUGCUAUACUGAGCUAAUUCAGCGAAUUAUUUAUUGGGCUGCAGCAAUUAGAAGAAAAAGUGUCAAUAUGAAUUUGGAUUAUUGAUGCAUCGUUACUUUAGAGAUGCUCUUUUAAGCUCAUUGGUUUUUGAAGGGCAGGAUGAUUAUAACUGUUUGUAAACCUCAUUAGCAGGGCUGACAGAUGAUCAGUUACUACGGCAUAUUGCUACUUACCUCACUGAUCUGAUUACUGGUAAUAUGAAACUGAUUUUUUUAAUGCAUUUAUCAUCCAGAGUGGUUUUCAGACUUCAGACAUAUUGGGAAGAGCAGUAUUUCUCAGCUCUGGUCCUGGAGACCCAAUGCCCUGCACUUUUUAGGGUUUUUCCUAACAGCCUGAAUUGAUAUAGUUGUAACCACAGUGCUAACAGACAUAGCUCCCAGUCUAGAAUGGGUUAGCAUGAUGCUAACAGCUUGCCUUGGCACAGUUGUAGCCACAAUGCUAACAGACACAGCAUCCAGGCUGAAGCGGGUUAUCAUAAUACUAACAGCCUGAAUUGCCAUAGUUGUAACCACAGUGCUUACAGACAUAGCUCCCAGUCUAGAAUGGGUUGGCAUGAUGCUAACAGCUUGCCUUUGCACAGUUAGAGACACAAUGCUAACAGACACAGCAUUAAGGCUGGAGCGGGUUAUCAUGACACUGACAGCCUGAGUUUGCAUAGUUGAAACCACAGUUCUAACAGACAUAGCUCCAAGUCUAGAAUGGGUUAGCAUUAUGCUAACAGCCUGCCUUGGCACAGUUGGAGCCACAAUGCUAACAGACAUAGCUCCCAGUCUAGAAUGGGUUAACAUUAUGCUAACAGCCGGCCUCAGCACAACUUGAGCCAUGAUGCUAACAGACACAGUACCCAGGCUAGAAUGGGUUAGCAUGAUGCUAGCAGCUUGCCUUUGCACAGUUGGAGACACAAUGCUAAUAGACACAGCAUCCAGGCUAGAAUGGAUUAGCAUGAUGCUAAACGCCGGCCUCAGCACAACUUGAGCCAUGAUGCUAACAGAAACGGCAACCAGGCUCCGAUGCAAUCAAAUCCUCACAGCAAUGCUUCAAAAUCUAGUAGAAAGCUUUUUCUGUACAGUUUAGACAGUAGCUCCAAUUAAAACAGGAUUAACUUUUUUAAAAAUAUUUUUUAAAACUAUAUCUAAUGAAUAAACGUAUAUAAAUAAAAUACAUUUGAACGUGUAGUUUAGCAGAAAAGUGAAAUUUAACAUUCCUCGGUUGCAUUUAGUCUCCCUGUGCUGAGUUAAGCCUGCCUCACAAAUCACCUGAAGGUCAGUGGUGUGAAUUUUAACUAUUUUCCCUAUUUUCUACCCAAUUUGAAAGACUAAUUAUCCAAUCCCUAUUCAUAUGAACUUCCUGCUCAUCACUAAUAAUACCCCAACACUAGGAGAGUGAAGAUCACUAGCACAUAACUCCUCCCAUACACGUGAGAGAGUCAGACUCCGCCUUUUUUCCAACUGUCAUUGAUGUAGCAUCACUGGGUAGCUAACAGCAAUGUGCUCGGAGGAAAGCGCAGCAACCCAGCUUUGAUACAACAGCUAACAGAUGCCCGUGCUGACCAACAGAGCAUGGCCGACUGUGCUCUCUCUCAGACUCCGGCUGCUGAUGGAAAAGCAACAUGAUCAAGGAUUCAAAACACUCAAUCAGAGUGAAAGUGCCUUAACCCUUUACACCCCUUAAAAUCCUGAUGUUAAACAGGUUCAAACCUGUUUCUUCCCCAGAAUAUUUUCCAAUGCCCUUGGAAAUGCAUUAUCCUCAAUGUCUUGAUGUGAUAAAUGUCUGUUUUCACUUGUUUUUGUGCUGUAAUUUGAAUCUUUUAAAUAAUAAUGCUUAUGCAUGAUAUGUACAUGAUAUCUCGCAGUGUGCUUUAGUCAUAUUCAUUUUCUUCAGCAUCUGUAAUAAUGCAAAUUCUGUCAAACCUCACUGUUAUAAAGUCUGUAAUAAAGUCUUGCCCUGCAAUAA